GGCCCCGAAAUCGGGCGAGGGAGCCGGGAUGCUGCUCUCUUCGUUGGCCCAUCUACGUUCCGGGACCGGUGGAGAGCUACACAGCCCUAAACUACAACCAGGGAAGGAGAAGGAGCCGCUGGAGAAGCUAUACCGUGUGGGCCCGGUGCUGGGGAGCGGCGGCUUCGGCACGGUUUAUUCGGGUAUCCGCCUUUCAGACAGCACCCCGGUGGCCAUCAAACACGUGGCCCGGGAACGCAUCUCCGAGUGGGGCGAGCUGCCCAAUGGCACCCGUGUGCCGAUGGAAAUCGUGCUGCUGAACCGAGUGGGCUCCAGUUUCCGCGGCGUCAUCCACCUCCUGGACUGGUUUGAGCUGCCCGACAGCUUCGUGCUGGUCUUGGAGCGUCCGGAGUCAUCUCAGGAUCUCUUCGAUUUCAUCACGGAGCGGGGCUCGCUAUCCGAGGAGCUGGCCCGGGGGCUGUUCCGGCAGGUGCUGGAGGCCGUGCGGCACUGCAACAACUGCGGCGUCCUGCACCGCGACAUCAAGGACGAGAACAUCAUCGUCGACCUCGCCACCGGUGAGCUCAAGCUCAUCGACUUCGGGUCCGGUACCUUCCUCAAGGACACGGUCUACACCGAAUUUGACGGGACGCGAGUGUACAGCCCGCCCGAGUGGGUCCGCUACCACCGCUACCAUGGCCGCUCCGCCACCGUCUGGUCCCUGGGGGUGCUGCUCUACGACAUGGUCUGCGGGGAUGUCCCCUUCGAGCAGGACGAGGACAUCAUCCGCGGGCAGCUCCUAUUCCGCCGCAGGCUGUCUCUAGAAUGCCAGCACCUCAUCAGGUGGUGUUUGUCCAUGCGCCCCUCGGACAGACCGUCUUUAGAAGACAUUUUCAACCACUCUUGGCUGCAAGACAUUCACCUGCCCCAGGAGACAGCAGAGAUCCACCUGCACAGUUUGAUCCAGGAGGUUGGCAAGUAGCAGGCCCCAUGCAUCUCCUGGCCAUAAGAAGCAAAGAACACCAGACUUCUUCCUCGGGACUGUAGCACUGAGCAUCAGACAGUAACACUCCCAUCUUGUCCUGGAGCUGAGCUGGAGACUGAGUCUUCAAGUACUGGUGGCCACUGUCCAGCCAGCUGUCCUGGACUCCAUCUGACUGACCCUGUCUCAUUCAAUGUUUAGCCAGUAAUUUUUCUGGGGGGAGGCGAAGGGUUGGUUCUGCUUUUGGAGGCUCCCAAGUGUCUUCCUGACCUGCUGAAUUUGGGACCAUGAGAGGAUUUUGGAGACUUUGCUGCAAGAAGAACUUGAAUGGGGGGAAACUGGCUGAGGGGGGUGGGCAGGUUCUGGGGCCCAAUGGCUGUCUGUUCUCUGUUGUCACCGUGUUCGAGUGCCUUCAGUUGCGAUUCUGGGCUGUGCUGGAGGAAAUACUUGAAUUUUCCUACACUGCUGCUUUUCCAAGACUCGCCUGGGUGUUUGGUUCCUUUUCCCUUUUGGGUCUGAAGAAAGACCCUCGGGAGCCAAGCAGGCGACACCUCUCCUCCCGUGCCUCCAUCUCGCGUGGAUCUUCUGGGCUUCUUUGCUUCCCUGUGCCCUCACGAAUGCACAAACAAUGCAAACCCAACAGAGCUGUAAAUGUGUACAGAGCUCCUCAGGAGCAAAGCUUGAUGUACAAUUGUUAAUAGCCAUGGUGUUUUAC